AUGGAUACUGCAUUGAGUCAUUUUGCUGCCACUAUUAAGUCUUGUGUUAUUGUCGGUGGUGGUGGUUAUUUGGGAAAUAAAUUAGCGGCGUCUUUAGAAAGUUUUGGAUGUGAUGUCAGACUCUUCGAUAAAUCAACAUCAGCCGCUAUAUAUUCCAAAUCAUCGCCUUUCAUUCAAGGAGAUGUUAGAAAUUACCAUGAAUUAAAAGAAUCUUUCAAAGGUGUAGAUUGUGUAUUUCAUGUAGCAUCAUAUGGGAUGUCAGGAAGAGAACAGCUAAAUAAGAAAUUGAUCGAAGAAGUGAAUAUCGAUGGCACAAAUAACAGCAUUAACGCGUGCAUAGAAGCAAAUGUCAAAUAUCUUGUUUAUACUAGUACUACUAAUGUGGUUUUUGGCGGUCAGCCGAUAAUAAAUGGGGAUGAAAGUUUACCAUAUUUUCCGCUAGAAAAACACUGCGAUUAUUACUCAAAGACUAAAUCUAUAGCUGAGCAAGCAAUCCUCAAAGCUAAUGGAUCUGAAACUGCAAAUGGAAAUCGCUUGUUAACUUGUGCAAUUAGACCCGCUGGAAUAUAUGGAGAGGAAGAACAGAGACAUAUGCCUCGCAUUAUGAAAUUAAUCCAGAAUGGACUCUUUUCCUUCAAGAUUGGACCUCAAUCUAACUUGGUAGAAUUUGUCCACGUUGAUAAUUUAGUUAAAGCUCAUGAACUUGCCGCGAUUGGCUUAAGCAGCAAAAAGAACCAUAUAGCGGCAGGAAGUUGUUAUUUCAUUUCUGAUGGAUGUCCGAUCAAUAACUUUGAAUUUUUCCGUCCAAUGUUUGAAGGACUCGGUUACAAGUUUCCUAUUAUCACAUUACCUGUUAGCGUUAUGUAUUAUAUUGCUUUUAUAAUUGAACUAAUUCAUGCCUUUGUUGGACGUUAUAUCAUCAAUUUUCAACCGUUAAUUACACGAGCUGAGGUCUAUAAAACUGGUGUGACGCACUACUUUAAAUUAGACAAAGCUAAAAAGGAACUUGGUUACAAGCCAGAAAAGAGAAAUUUAAAUCAAAUUGUUAGGGAUUAUAAGCUAAAAGGAUACGCAAGGCAGGGAAAAUCUCUAUUGAUGAUAGUGCUAUGGUACAUAGCAGUUUGUUUAAUCGUACUAAUUCUUCUUUCCAGUUUUAUUACUGGCAUAAAUUAA